AUGGCGGCCAAACCACAUGCACACUCCUCACUUCCACUUCCAUCUCUUCUUCUUCUCCUCCUUCUCAAUCUCACUCCACCGUCGCAUCAACAACAAAACCAGAAAAUCAGCACCGUCGAUCUCCACUCCCUCAUCUCCAUCAAGAACUCCCUCACCGAUGUCCCCUUCCGAGGUGCCACAGCAUUCUUCUCCACCUGGGACUCCGCCGCACCAGAUCCCUGCUCCACCUUCUCCGGCGUCACCUGCACCUCCGGCCGAGUCACCACCCUCACUCUCGGCACUGGCCUCUCCGACUCGCCCGGCCUCGCCGGGUCGCUCCCUCCCUCCCUCGCCGACCUCACCGAGUUGACUCAGCUCAUCCUCUUCCCCGGAAUCGUCACAGGUCCAAUCCCGUUCCAACUCGGCAGACUCGCCAACCUCCGAGUCAUCUCGUUAACCAACAACCGCCUCACUGGUCCGAUUCCCCAGACCCUCUCUCUCCUCUCCAACCUCCACACCCUCGACCUCAGCUACAACCGCCUCACCGGAUCAAUCCCCCAGGGUCUGACCCGUUUACCGGCUCUGAAAGUCCUCAUCCUCGCCUCCAACUCCAUCUCCGGCGAGCUGCCGCACGACGUGUCGUCUCAGCUCCUUCACCUGGACUUAAAACGCAACAAGCUCACCGGUCCCUUACCGCCUUCUCUCCCGACGACGCUCCGUUACUUGUCGUUCUCGGAAAACGAAAUGUCGGGUCCCAUCGGCUCCCUCUUCGACUCGCUCACUGAUUUAGUCCACCUCGAUCUCGGCAUGAACCGUCUCAGUGGACCCCUCCCUCAAACUCUGUUCCGUACCACACUCCAGUCGCUGCUGCUGCAACGGAACAAUCUCUCCGGGUGGGUCCCGCCCGUGGGGUCCCAGCCCCCAUCCUACGGAGAGGGCUCGAUCGUGGAUUUGAGCCACAACUCCAUAACGGGUGAGCUGUCGCCGAUCCUGGCUGGGGUGGAGAGCUUGUUUUUGAAUAACAACCGUCUGAUUGGGAAAGUACCGAGGGAGUACGUUAAGAGCUUGUACAUGGGCACCACCAGAACAUUGUAUUUACAGCACAAUUACAUAUCCGGGUUCCCUGUUGAACCGGGGUCGACGUUGCCCGAUACGGUGUCGUUGUGCUUGAGUUACAACUGCAUGGUGCCCCCGGUGGGGAUGGAGGCGUGCCCGGCCAGCGCGGGAACGGAGCUGUCGAGGCCGGCGUCGCAGUGUUCGGUGUUCACUUACGGCUAG